UCUAAAUGUCACUGUACUGAGCGUAUGACUGCCAAAUAAACGCAUGUUUACACAUAUGUGGGGUAAAAAAAAUGCUUACGUUGACAUUUGACAUUGUUUUUGUUUUAUCAACACGUGAUGUAAAUAUCAAUUGGAUAAAUUGAUAACAAGUGUCCAGAUUAUGUAAAUGAAUGAAAUUAAAUUUUAUUUUACUUAUCUCAAGUAAGGUUAUAAUUAAGUGACUUAAUACACAGUAAAAAUAAACAAUGUCACGUAAUGACAAUAAAAAAUCAAAUGUAUUAUUGCCGGUAAUUGUUACUGCAUUUGCGAUACCUUUAUCAAUGUUAUUAUGGAUAAUAAACGUCAUGUAUUCAAUUAUUUCACCUGCUGAGCAUCAGACUGAAGAUCCCGCGGUGAUUUCACCCUGGAGAUGGUUAUCAGCGAUAGUAAUUCCCAUAUUAUUUUCCCUAUGGGGUCUUAAGAGACGUAGUCUAGAUCUAAGUGGAGCAGUACUGGGUCUGUUCGUUGGUUUUGUCCUGACGAUAACGAACUACGCGCACUUGGCGGAUCUCAUGUGUUUUUUUGUCACCUCAUCUCUGGCGACUAAGUUCCGUAUGGAUAAAAAACGAAAGCUGGAAGUUGAUUUCAAAGAAGGAGGACAGAGGAACUGGAUCCAGGUCCUGUGCAAUGGUGGCAUGGCACUGCAGCUCGCGUUGCUUUAUCUGCUGGAUGUCGGUUGCGGGGAGAGACCCAUUGAUUUUGAUAAAGACUAUCGUAGCUCCUGGUUAUCCAUUGGUAUUCUAGGAGCGUUUUCUUGUUGUAAUGGCGAUACUUGGGCGUCGGAAUUUGGGACAGCGAUUGGUAAUUCAGAUCCAUUUUUAAUAACGACCAGGAAAAAAGUUCCACGUGGAACUAACGGAGGAGUAUCAUUGGUUGGUUUAUUAAUGUCAUUACUUGGAGGAUUAUUAGUCGGUUUGUUUCAUUAUUUAGCUGUACUGUAUACAGUUGAUUCAGCAGUGCUAGAAAAUUCAGCGCCGCAAUGGCCGAUUAUUUUGAUCGCCGGUCUUGGAGGUUUACUUGGCAGCAUUUUUGAUUCUAUUUUGGGUGCGACGUUACAAUACUCUGGGGUAAAUGAGUCGGGUAAAAUUGUGGAGCGACCUGGUAAAGGAGUAAAACACAUUUGCGGUCGACAAAUACUUGAUAAUCACAGCGUCAAUCUUUUGUCUAGUAUUGGAAUCGCACUUACGCUUCCGAGGAUCGCUAAUUUUAUUUGGCCGUUUAUUCAUUAGUACUUUAAAAUUACGGACAAGACUGUAAUUAAUAGUUAUUGUUAAUUACAAAUUGAUAUUACAACAAUUUAAUACUCGGGAAUAAUUAAUUCAGUUGAAAAUAAUAUUUUUUGUACGUCAGUAAAAUACUUUAGCUGUAUAUAUUUUUUAAAUAUAAUAAAAAAUACUUUUUCUUGAUGAUAUAUAUUAA